AAUCAAUCAUUUAUAUGGAUCAGUUACAUGCUGUAUAACUCUGAUAGAUAUGAAUAAUUUGAUGACAACAACAACAACAAGAAAAGGAGAUUCAUUUGAGAGGUUUGGCGACGAUUUGGCACAACUGUUGGUCAGUUAUCUGCCAAUUGAUAGCAGACUUAGACUGGAAUGUGUGUCCAAACAGUUCCAGUAUGUGAUAUACAAUACUCAAGAUUAUAUACUAUGGGAUAACACACAGAUUGCCAAUCCUUGCAGACAUUUCAAUUGUUCACAAUGUUUGUCAAUUGGAUUUGAAAAGAUACUGAAGAAGUGUCCAUAUAUUAAGUAUAUUAAAUUCAAUGGUAUGGACGCCAUAAUGUUUACCGAUCACUAUUUGUAUCUAAUGAUAGCCAACUGUCCUUAUUUAAAAUGUCUAACAAUUAAAUUGAAACAAUCAAUGGCUUACACUUCACUAACCUCUUACAUGUUUAGUCAGUUUUUGAUCCGAUUUGCCGGACAAUUACAAUCCAUUAGUAUCUUUGGAUUUAAUCACAUAUUCAAUGAAUUAUUGUCUUAUCUGGACAUUAGUUAUGCGCCAAAUCUGAGAAAUGUUUAUCUAGAGUGCGAUGAUAAAGACUAUUUCAUUGAAUUGAAUCGCAUCUAUUACUCGACUAAUGUCAAUACACUGCCAAAGACAUUGGAUUCACUGGCGUUUGUCGUACAACAUGAAAGUGUACAGUUAUUUCAGACAUUUGCCGCCAAUUACGGCCAGCAAAUCAAAUGUCUUCAGAUUCUGAUCGGCGGACGUUUUAUACGACAAUAUAUGAAUCAAUUGAAGUCUGGUUUUUCACAAAUGAAUGAAUUAACUCAUUUGAAUCUAAUUAUUGAUACCUCAGAUGAAAUCAACGAUGAAGAUGAAGAUGAGGAUGAAAAUGAAGAUCUUUGUAUUAGUGAACUUUUGGUUGCAUUAGUUCAACAAAUUGCUAAAAGUUGUGCAAAAUUAACAACUCUUAAGAUAAAAUCUUAUAAUAACGAAGAUAUAUGCAAAGGAACCGUUUGGAUACUGAUUGAAAUAAUAUGCCAUAAAAUGAAUCAAUUGAAUAGUUUAUCCAUUGAAUGUCCCGUCAAUUCCCUGAAUAACGAUAUUUAUCUAAUGACCAGCAAAUCAUUGUCACAAUUGAAACACUUAAGACAAUUACGGCUCGAGUUCAGCGGUGCUGUCAUUAUUAAUGACGAGUUCUUUACUAACAUUGACCAUCACUUGCCUCAACUCCAACUCAUAGAUAUCAAAGAACCGUUUGAUAUCAGUAGUGAAACAAUCAAAAGUCUGGCCAAACUUAGACACUUGAAUACCAUUCGUUUGUAUAGUUCUGCAAACGAAGACAUUGACGAAGAUCUAAUCAUUAGUGAACUCAUCGAUCGGGCAAAUGUUACCAACAUUUAUAUUACACGUCUGGGUUCAACAAAUGGGUUCAUCCGGGGUAAACAAAUUUGA